CUGUCAUUUCUAUUUUUGUUGUAUUUGUCACUUUUGUCAGUUUAUCAAAAGAUUUGAAAUAUGGCUGAUCUGUUAUCGGUGCCUUUAAAAAAACCGAGCGAUGUCGACAUCGCUACACCUUUAAAAAACCUAAUACAAUCGAGAUACAGUACCGCAGAUAACCCGGAAAACUGUACAGAAGCGGUAAACGAAUUUUCCAAGCUGCGAAGUAACGCUAUAUGGAAGGCAUUCGAAAAGUACGAGAGUUCGUUAGAGAUCAUUUAUGGAUACUACGAUCAACUUGUCGCUUUGGAAACGAAAAUUCCACCACAGGAAUUACAAGUUCCUUUUAAGUGGAAAGAUGCUUUUGAUAAAGGGAAUAUCUUCGGUCAUAAAGCCAGUUUAACUAUACCAUCUUUAAGUUUUGAAAAGGUUUGUGUAUUGUUUAAUAUUGCUGCGCUACAAAGUGCAGUUGCAGCAGCUCAAAGUAUCGACAGUGAUGAUGGACUUAAACUGGCCGCAAAACUUUUGCAGCAAGCUUCUGGUAUAUUUAAUUACUUGAAAUCAACUAUAAUGUUAUCCAUCCAACACGAUCCUACUCCUGAUAUGAAUCCGGACACUUUAGGAGCUCUCUCCCAGUUGAUGUUAGCACAGGCUCAAGAAAUAUUUGUACAUAAGGCUAUGCAUGACAAUAUGAAGGACCAGAUUGUUGCAAAAUUAGCUGCACAAGCUGAAGAACUGUAUGCCGAAUGUUUGAAAGUUUUUCAGAGAGAAAAUUUGAAAGCUAUUUGGGAUAAGGACUGGAUACCAACUAUUGCAGGGAAACAAGCUGCUUUUAAUGCAGUUGCUGAGCUUUACCAAAGUUUAGUUUGUAGAGAGAAAAAGGCAGUUGGCCAAGAAAUAGCAAGACUUAGGAGAUCAUGUGAGUUGUUUAAAGCUGCUCAAUCAAGGUGUGGCAAAUCCAUAUUCUCAGAUUUACUAAACAAAGCCGAAAGAAACUUAGCAGAAGUAGAAAAAGAUAAUGAUUUUAUAUACCAUGAAAGAAUACCGGAUUAUAAAUCGCUAGAACCCAUUGGAAAAGCCGCUUUGGCUAAAGUGCUUCCAUUGCAAGACCGAAUGUCUCAAAACUUCAAAGAUUUGUUCUCAAGUUUAGUACCAGUAGCUGUUCAUCAAGCUUUAGCUGCCUAUGAUAUAAGAAAAACUGAAAUUGUUAAUACGGAAAUAUCAAAGAUAAGGGAAGCAACACAGGAGUUAAAUGGAAUAUUGGCAAGCCUGAAUCUACCUGCGGCCAUCGAAGUUACCGACUCUUCAACCGGUCUUCCACCUUCAAUUGUGGAAAAAGCAGUGGCAGUGGCAUCUUUAGGAGGAAUUGCGGAACUAAGCAAGAUGAUAGAAGAACUGCCCGAUUUGUUGAAGCGAAAUCAGGAUAUUCUCGAUGAAACCGACCGGAUGUUGAACGAGGAAAAAGCUGCCGAUGACGCUUUGAGACAACAGUUUAAAGAAAAAUGGACUAGAACGCCAUCUGAGAAGUUGACAGAGAUGUUCAAAUCGAACGCGGGAAAAUAUAGGCAGAUUAUUAAUAAUGCUAUUGAGGCCGAUAAAGUUAUUCAAAGUAAAUUUAACACCCACAAAGCUAUGAUGGAACUUCUCAGUAAAUCGCCUGCUGAACUGGAAUCAUCCUUACCAUCUGGUAAUGGAGGAAAUAUAGGAAACUCGUCAACAGUGGUUACUCUAAGACAACUAAUGGAAGAGGUAGAGACGAUUAAAGCUGAACGCGAUGCCAUCGAAUCGGAGUUAAAGGGUCCCACUGCCGACAUGAAAGAUGAGUUUCUGUCGGCGCUGGCCAAAGAUGGCGGUAUCAACGAAGCUGCCCUCUCAUAUCAAAGCCUAGGUCAGAAGUACGGACCCCUUCAAAAGCAGGUGCAAGAAAGCAUCGAGAAACAGAAAAGUUUGGUUGAGAGGAUAAGGAGUGCCCAUGAAGCCUUCACUAGUGAAAGAGGUACUACAACUGGAGGAAGGGAGGCUAUGAUGUGUCAACUGGCGGCUGCUCACGAUGUCUUCAGAGAUUUAUUAAACAAUCUGCGGGAAGGAACCAAGUUCUACAAUGAUUUAACACAGCUCUUGGUAAGUUUCCAAAAUAAAGUGUCAGACUUCUGCUUCGCCAGAAAAACUGAAAAAGAUGAAUUGAUGAAGGAUUUGACACAGGAGAGUAGUAGGACAACUCCAGCGCCUACUCCCCCUACACCAAGUUACUACUCAGAUCCUAAACCAAGCACACCUCCAUCAGCUGGAAGUUCUACCGCGCCACAACCAGCUGCUCCAGGUCAGGUACCUUCUAACCUUCCCUAUCCAGUGUACGUCCAAGGAAUGCCCGUGCCAUAUGGGGCUACAGCCAACACGCCUUACCCUACCUACGCACCUCCGCCUAUGCCUCAGGGAUACAACCCGUACGGUACAUUGCCCUACCCAAAUAACUACAGUUUUCCCCAGUCUGGUCAAACAGGAACAUAUCCCUCUGGGACUUAUCCUCCUGGAACUUAUCCACAACAGGGAUACCAACCUCGUCCAUGGUAAGGAAGUCGAUAUAUAAUAUAUUCUAAGAUUAUAUUAUAGUGUUAGAACCUAGUAAUGUAAAAUAAUUAUAGUUUUUCUGUAUAACUUUUCUUUAAUAACCACACAUGAAGUAUAGUGUAUAAAUAAUUGGUUUGUAUAAUGAAAUGGUGGUGCUUAUGCAAGUGAUGAGUCUUAUAUAGGUAUUAAUCUUUUAUAGAAAAUUGAACUGAACUGUUUUUAAAAGCAAUUAUUGUUUUAAUGCAUUUAUAAAAUUUGUAUUAGUUUAAUAAAAAUUUAACAAAA